CACAUCCCUCAUCAUCUACCUCCAAUCUCUCUCUCCUCCCAUAAUUCUAAAACCAGAACCAGAACCAGAAGAAAGCCCAACAUUACUAGUUGCACCCACUCCCGCAUUUCUUCAUCUGGAUCGCCGGCUUCUCCAUCUGGGCCUUCUUCUUCUCAUCUGGGUCUUCUUCUUUCUCAUCUGCGUCUUCUUCUAAGAUGGCGGCAACUGUGGCGGUUGAUCCGUACAUUCUCUGGACCUUCUUCGCCUCCCUCUUAGGCUUUCUCGCUCUCUCUGUUCUCCGUCGCCGGAAUUCCGGCUAUGCCAAGAGCAAUGCUCAGAAGAACAAGAGUAAUUCGACGAUCGUUCAGGAUAAAAGCAUCAACAGCUCUGACGACGGAGAAUUCCCCCCAAUUCACGGCUCUGGCACCGAUGUAAUAGUCAUCGGCGCCGGCGUUGCUGGCGCUGCUCUCGCCCUUACCCUCGCCAAGGAGGGAAGACAUGUUCAUGUGAUUGAAAGAGACUUGACGGAGCCAGAUCGAAUCGUCGGCGAGCUGCUCCAGCCAGGAGGGUACCUCAAAUUGAUUGAGUUGGGUCUUGAAGAUUGUGUGGAGGAAAUCGAUGCUCAGCGAGUGGUCGGUUAUGUUCUUUUUAAGGAUGGGAAGAACACUCGGCUGACCUAUCCUCUGGAACAGUUCCACUCCAAUGUGGCGGGGAGAAGUUUCCACAAUGGCCGAUUCAUACAGAGGAUGAGGGAAAAAGCUGCAAAGCUUCCCAAUGUACAACUGGAGCAAGGUACUGUAACGUCCCUGCUUGAAGUAAAUGGGACAAUUAAGGGUGUUCGAUACAAAACCAAGGAUCGUCAAGAACUUCAAGCGCACGCUCCUCUUACGAUUGUUUGUGAUGGUUGCUUCUCAAAUCUGCGCCGCACUCUUUGCAAGCCUCAGCUUGAAGUGCCCUCUUGGUUCGUGGGAUUAAUCUUGGAAAAUUGCAAACUCCCAUUUGCAAAUCAUGGGCAUGUUAUUCUAGCGGAUCCCUCUCCGAUCCUGUUUUAUCAAAUCAGCAGUACAGAGGUCCGCUGUUUGGUCGAUGUGCCCGGCCAAAGGGUACCUCCCAUUGCCAAUGGUGCAAUGGCUAACUACUUGAAGACUGUGGUGGCUCCACAGGUUCCACCAGAACUUCAUGAUGCCUUCGUUGCUGCAAUUGAUAAGGGAAAUAUUAGAACAAUGCCAAACAAAAGCAUGCCAGCUAAUCCACAGCCAACUCCAGGAGCCCUUUUGCUGGGUGACUCUUUCAAUAUGCGCCAUCCUUUAACCGGCGGAGGAAUGACUGUGGCACUUUCUGAUAUUGUUGUACUCAGGGAUCUUCUUAAGCCUCUGCGGAACCUACAUGAUGCAGCUUCGUUGUGCACAUACCUAGAAUCCUUUUAUACCUUGCGCAAGCCGGUUGCAUCUACGAUAAAUACCUUGGCAGGUGCCCUAUACAAAGUGUUCUGCUCCCCUGAUGAAGCAAGGACGGAGAUGCGCCAAGCUUGUUUUGACUAUCUAAGCCUUGGAGGUGCCUGUUCAACUGGACCAGUGGCUUUGCUCUCUGGUCUAAAUCCUCGUCCGUUGAAUUUAGUUCUUCAUUUUUUUGCUGUGGCGGUAUACGGUGUUGGUCGUUUGCUACUACCAUUUCCUUCACCGAGACGCGUGUGGAUUGGAGCUAGAUUACUUUUGAGUGCUUCUGGUAUAAUAUUCCUCAUCAAGGCUGAAGGAGUGAGACAGAUGUUCUUUCCAGCUACUAUUCCAGCUUAUCAUAGAGCUCCUCCUGCCGAGUAAGCUACAGAAAAUGAUGGGGGAGGGCAAGGCAGUGGCAUGCUUCAGACUUGUUGCUGUCAAGAGUCGAGAUAAACCAGUCAGUACCUGCAAAUUCUUUCUUGUUGACGAUAGAUAAAGAGGAAAUCCAAUUGUAUUUUCCCUAAUGAAUUGUAACAUUAUUGCCAAAUUUGUAUAUCUUAUAGUGGUAUGGCUAGAAAAAAGAAAUGUAAAAGUAUAUGUGAGAUGUUCGAAUUGAAAACAAUAUGAAGAAAUAUACGUUACAUAUUUUGUGUUA